AUGGAGCUAGCACAGAUAGCUCAUGUGACGACCAGGACUACACAAGAGUAUAUGCUGUUUAAUAUACGGCUCCCUCUGAUCAAUGUGGAUCACUUUUUGGCGUAUGCAGUUCAAGCUUACCCUAUAAUCCAUGAUGGAAUGUCAGUCCAGUUGAAUACGCACAGCAACUACUUAAUGAUCAACGAAGAAAAGACGUUAUUUUACACCAUGAAGGAAGACGAAUUCACCAGAUGCCAAAAAAUCAAAGAUUUGACGAUAUGCCCCCAAAUACAUCCCAUCUACAACGCUAGAGAGUCAUCCGAAUGCGAAGUAAAGCUAUUUGUUUAUGCAAAAGCCUUUCCAGAUAGCUGUGAGUUCUCAAUUACAAAGUGUCGUAAUUUCUGGAAGCAGCUCCAUGUGCCAAAUGCUUGGGUUUUCUCUAUAACGAAGGGAUCAUCCACCGAUAUCAAAUGUGAUGGAAAUCGACAAGACAUUGUGCUCCAAGAUCAAGGAUUAUUAAGAAUGCAGCCGGGUUGUACUCUUGAAACUGAAGAAAUGAAACUAUGGGCGCACGAGACUUACAAGAGCAACGUCAACUACAUAUUUCCCCAUCUCAACAUCUCAUCAUCCUUACCACCACUCACCCAUCUACAACUCAAGAACGAUAUCGAAAUCUACAAGUUGCCAGACAUACCGAAGUUCUAA